AAGAAGCAGCUUGAGCAGCUGAUAGUCCGAUCAGCUUCAAAGAGGAGGAAGAGAGAGAGAGAGAGAGAGAGAGCAAGCGCCGGCUGUCCGGUCACCGGCGAUCAGCAUCGACCGCCAUGAGUUCCGGGAUUGGGCAGAUUGAUAUGGAGGAGCCACUUCUGGUGGAACAGACCACAAAUGGAAAGCCUCCUGUCCCGGCGGCCCCAAGUUGGAGUGCUCAGCUGGAGAGCAUCCUGAACGACGACGGCGUGCCGUGGUUGCACCGGAUGCGAGCGGCAACCUGGGUUGAGCUCCGGCUGCUCUGCAACCUGGCCGCCCCCGCCGUUCUCGUCUACAUGCUCAACUACGUCAUGUCCAUGGCUACCCAGAUCUUCUCCGGCCACCUCGGCAACCUCGAGCUCGCCGCUGCCUCCCUCGGUAACACCGGCAUCCAAGUUUUUGCCUACGGUCUGAUGUUGGGGAUGGGAAGCGCGGUGGAGACACUGUGCGGCCAGGCAUUCGGAGCGAAGAAAUACGAGAUGCUCGGGAUAUACGUGCAGAGAUCGGCCAUACUGCUGACGCUGACGGGCAUCCCCCUCACCGUCAUCUACGUCUUCUCCAAGCAGAUACUGCUCUUCUUGGGGGAGUCCACUGCCAUCGCCGCCGCGGCAUCCGUCUUCGUGAUGGGCCUCAUCCCGCAGAUAUUCGCCUACGCCAUCAACUUCCCCAUCCAGAAGUUCAUGCAGGCGCAGAGCCUGGUCGCCCCCAGCGCCAUCAUCUCCGCCUCCACCCUCCUCGUCCACCUCCUCCUCAGCUGGCUGGCCGUCUACAAGAUGGGGCUAGGGCUGCUUGGCGCAUCGCUGGUGCUCAGCCUCUCCUGGUGGAUCAUCGUAAUCGCCCAGUUCGUCUACAUCGUCACCAGCCCCAACUGCAAGCGGACGUGGACCGGCUUCUCCAUCAAAGCCUUCUCUGGCCUCUGCGGCUUCCUCAAGCUCUCCACCGCCUCCGCCGUCAUGCUCUGCCUUGAGACUUGGUACUUCCAGAUCCUCGUCCUCCUUGCGGGACUCCUGAAGAACGCCGAGAUCGAGCUCGACUCGCUCUCCAUCUGUAUGACAAUAUCUGGAUGGGUCUUCAUGAUCUCCGUCGGGUUCAACGCUGCUGCAAGCGUUAGAGUGGGGAACGAGUUGGGCGCCGGCAACCCCAAGGCCGCAUCGUUCUCCGUCGUCAUAGUAGUACUCGUCUCUCUUGUCGUCUCUGCCAUUUCCGCCGCCAUCGUCCUGGCCCUCCGCCAUGUCAUCAGCUAUGCAUUCACAGAGGGAGAGACGGUGGCGGCGGCGGUGUCUGAUCUUUGCCCAUUGCUCGCCCUCACCCUCCUUCUCAAUGGCAUCCAACCCGUCCUCUCAGGGGUUGCCGUAGGCUGCGGGUGGCAAGCAUUUGUGGCUUACGUGAACGUUGGGUGCUACUACGUCGUAGGCAUCCCAUUGGGUGCAUUGCUCGGCUUCAAAUUCGAUCUAGGCGCUAAGGGAAUAUGGUCUGGUAUGCUGGGAGGCACUGUAAUGCAGACCCUCAUUCUAAUGUGGGUGACUUAUCGAACAGACUGGAACAAGGAGGUCGAGAAAGCACAAAAUCGUCUGAGUCAUUGGCAAGAUCACAAGCCAGAGUCCCUUUCAGAGAAAUGAUGAAGGAAAGAGACAGGAGAUUGGUGCAGUGCACGGUACUCAGAACUACAGUAUAGGCAUGAGUUCAGUCUAUCUUCGGAGCAGCUUUGUUGGUCAAUGGAGGUACUGGAAUGGCAGAACGUGGUUGGAGCCAGAUUAACAGAUGGAGAAAAGGAGACAACCUCACCUACCAUUAGUUUAAAGAGCUUGUAGCUCUCUCAUGAACCCCUUUGAAGUAGCUGUCUGCUAUUGCUUUUUGACCACAAGGUUUUGAUAUUUCAACCACUUUCAUAUUCAAACAGUAAUCACUUGUCUGUUUCAUCCUUUGUAAAGUUCAUAAGAUUUUUAUUACGGUCCAUUCAUGUAACUUCAUGUUACUAAUUAAUAAAACACGGAUGAUGGGCAAUAAUAUAGAACAAAAUGUCAAACGGGUGAUAAUCUAUUUUGGCUGGCAUUUGUCUGUUGUAUUACACGUUCCUUCAGUUUGUGCAAGAAUUGUUAGGGCUGGAUUGUUAGUUCUUGUAUCUUCCAAACAUACAUAAGAUUUUAAUUUACUUUGUUGCCUUUGUCCCAAGCAAAGAUGUCUCUGUUACGUUUCUCUAUCAUG